UACAUUACUCGUUAAUAAACACUGCGCGUUGGCAGUGCAGUCAGACGCGAUAUAGAUUGUGAAAUAGUGUGUAUGUCUGAUAACAGUGCGGUGUUUGCUCCACAGCAGGAAGAUGAGAAAAAGAGUAAGAAGAAACAGUCGCCAGUGGACGACCGGCCCGUAGUCCCAGCACCCAGUGAAGCUAUGCUCAACAAUCUACGCACGGCAUUCGGUCUGCUGGACCGCGACAGUGAUGGCCACGUGACUCCAGCCGAGCUGCAGUUCAUGCUCCGGAACCUCGGCAUCACCGUCAGCGACGACCUCAUCGGUGAACUCAUUAAGGAUGCCAGUAAAACUGGUAACGGUCUAAUAGACGAGAAUGACUUCAUGCAGUGGGUGACGAAGAUACAGGCGUUACAAGGGCUGGAUGUCACGACGAGCGGCGGCGACUCUGAAGAGGAGAUCACGAGAGAUCUACUCGCAGCAUUUAAGGUGUUCGACCGCGAUGACAACGGGUAUAUAACGCGGGACGAGCUUCGAGCAGCGUUGGAGAUGAUCGGCGAACCAGUUACUGACGCGCAGCUAAAUCAAGUCCUGGCACUAGGAGACAUCGACCAUGAUGGCAGGAUUGAUUAUGAAGAAUUUGUAAAGAUGCUGUUGUAACCUGUACCUCGCUGAACAAGACCUCAUUAGUUAUAAAGUAGCGUAAAGAUGGACGGUCGGCGACGAGUAGUACUGAUCUGAUUGCGGGAGGCGAGUGCGGCAACGAUACCCUCACGAUUAUGGUAGUAAAGUUACUACCAAAUAUAUCACCCACUUACAGAUCAUAUGCAAGUACUUAAUAGUCGGCAAAUGUUGAAAUUGUUGUAAAUAGGAAUAAUUUUGUAAUUAAUAAAAUAACAAAUAAUCUGUAGUUACUAAUUUAGGAUAUUAAUGUUACCGAUGUAUAAUUAAAUAUAUAUUUUGCAUACGUAAUUUGUUUAUCGAAUAUUAUACUACCUACUUAUGUAAUAAAAUGGCCUAAGUAAAACACGA